GAAAGCAGGCUGCGUGUUUCAGCUAUGACAUCAUAACGGAAGAAAACCGUCCGCUUCCAUAUGAUGCUAGGGCGGAGCAGAGUGCCCAGGCCCAAGUACACGGUGGUGGGGGAGACGCUGCGCCACGUCAUCCCCAGUCACCUGCAGUGCUCCGUGGCCUGCGGGGGGCGCUCCUGCAAAUACGAGGACCCGUCGCGCUGGGAUGAGGACAUGCAGGCCGUCCAAGGACUUUACUCCUCCUGGAUUACAGAUGAACUGCUGGCGAUGGCAAGGCCCUCAACAGAAAUCAUUGAAAAAUAUAACAUCAUUGAGCAAUUUCAGAGGUUUGGUAUAAAGACCGUGAUCAACCUGCAGCACCCAGGAGAGCACGCCAGUUGUGGCAAUGAGCUGGAGCCAGAGAGCGGCUUCACCUACCGCCCUGAAGCUUUUAUGGACGCAGGCAUCUACUAUUACAACUACGGGUGGAAGGACUACGGUGUGGCUUCCCUAACCACCGUGCUGGACAUGGUGAAGGUGAUGUCGUUCGCUGUCCAGGAGGGCAACGUUGCUGUUCACUGUCAUGCUGGGCUUGGGAGGACAGGUGUUUUGUUGGCCUGUUACUUAGUUUUUACCACGAACAUGAACGCUGACCAGGCGAUCGUGUUCGUGCGAGCGAAGAGGCCCAACUCCAUCCAGACCAGGGGCCAGCUCCUCUGCGUGCGGCAGUUCGCCCAGUUCCUGGUCCCACUCCGAAGCGUCUUCUCCCGCUCGGAGCCCGCGGCCCCCGCCAUCACCCUGUCCCAGUUCCUGAUCCGGCAGCAGCACCUCCUGCACGGGCUGGAGGCUCGCCGCCUCAGACACACCCCCAAAAUCGUGCAGCUGGUCUGCCAGCUUCUGCUGGACAUCGCCGAGAAGCGGCAGGUGGUGCAGGAGGAGGUUCUGGACGUGAUGGAGCCGGCGGCCGAGGACAAGGCCGGGGCGUCGCCCCUCGCCGCGCGCCGGCGCUACAGGGAGGCAGUGGGGCGGGGCCUGGUCUCCCCCCAGCGCAGUCUCCCCGGCCCGGCCACCGUGCCGCUGCGCAAGGCCGAGCCGCUGCUGUUCUACGUGCGCCGGAGCCUCAGCUACAGCGACUCCGACCACGGGCGGCCCCGGGGCCCGCUGGGCGCCCCAGACACCCCGGACACCGCCGGGGCCCGGGCGCUGAAGAGGCUGUGCGUGUCGCACCACGACCUGAGGGACGGCGACCCGCCCGCGUCCCCGAGAGCCGGACCGGAGCCCGCGUCCUCCGCCGACUCGCUGCCGGACUCCAGCGUCUCGGUCUGGGACCACGUGCCGUCGCCCCGAGCCGCAGGCGGGCUGAAGGACCGGGCAGGCGGGGGGUCGUCCCCCGGUGGGCGGGGCGGGGGCCAGGAAGAGGCCCGGGCCUCCGACGUGCCCUUCAUCCUGAUCCAGACCGAGCUGACGCUGGAGGCUCGGAGGCUGCUGGUGUCCCAAGCCCUGGCGGUGGACCUGGAGCAGGACGGGGAGGAGGAGCAGAGACAGAGAGUCUCCGGCUGGCAGACGGAGCUGAACACCGGGGCCGCGGUGUGGGACAGCCUGUGUGCGGAGCGGGACCCCUUCGUCCUCUCUGGCCUCAUGUGGUCCUGGCUGGAGCAGCUGAAGGAGCCUGUCCUAAACCUACGGGACAUCCAGGCUCUGGAGGACCAAGAGCCUGACGCCAGCAGGGUCCUCAACACACUGGAGAAGGGCCCUCAGCAGACUCUGACAUGCAUCCUGGACUGUGCAGCACAAGUGAUGAAGCCGUCGGUGGAGUCUGCUUUCCUUAAUCGAAUCAUAAAGGCGUUCACCAAGAUGAAAGCCGGAGGGUCCGAACAGGGGAGGUUCAUGUAUAAGACCAUGAGAAGGAUCCUGACCGCAGUCCUGCGUGAGAUCAAGGAGGUGAAAGCAACCGUUCUCUGACCUGUCUCCCACAGACUGUCUCAAACGGUCCGGCCACUCUGUCUGCGCUGCAGCAUAUUUAUUUUUGUGCUCAGGAUAUUGUUUAUGAUUGAUGUGUUCUGUGCAAAAAGAGGGUGCAAGCCCAGUGACUCAGGAGGUGCUAGCUGACCUCGGCCAGGUCAGUAAAUAGAAAGCGAAAUCCACACCUGCGCCAAAAUAUCAUUACUAACCAUUAAUAAACAUUUCAGCACAGUGUCUUCAUCAGAGUGGUGAAAUGAUGGUCAAUUGUUAGGAAUUAAAUAUUUUGGAGCAUAGUGCGCAGCCUUUUCUCAUUCUUCUUGAUUAAUGUGUCCGAAAAUUUUUCCUUAAAAUUAUGCCAAAAAUAUAUGUGCCAUAUUUGUGUGCCAUGAUCGUCUGUUGACAAUCAUUUAUAAAUUUACAUGUAUAGUAUAAUUUAAAUGAUUUGUCUAUGUAGGUGUACAGUGUCUUUGUUGCACACUAUUUAUUCUGUGUUUGCUUUAUUGACACAU